AUGGACGAUAAAACUUUGCAAACGUUUAUGAUGGGCAUUGCGGAAGACGCACAAUUAACGACGAUACCCGCCGUCACCAAUGUUGGCACAGUAAAAGUUUUUCCGUAUUCUUCAAUCAGCGGUGAAAUCGAUUGGGACGUCGUACUUUAUUCGUUCAGCCUAGAACCGGGCAAUAGCAUAAUUUACGAGCACGGAAGAUGGCGAGCCCAAUCUUUUACGUACGACUUUGAAGGUACACAAUUAUAUCGCACCGAUACGCUUACUCAUGAACGUCAACUGUUUAUGGAAUUUAACUUGGAUAUGAACUUGGAACUAGUCGACAACGGCAUUGUAUCGAAACCGUACUGUAAACAGAAAGGUAACGUUCCAAUUAGGCAAGACGAGUUUGCCCAUUUUUAUAAAACAACGGAAACUGGAGGAGGCUUAUCAAACAUUUAUCAGUACGGGUACUGGGUAUGUUUAGAACAGGGAGCCAACCCGACACUGGUUCUUUGCCAAAAUAAGAAAUUCGAUUUGCAACUGGUGGCGUGUCGCGAAUAUAGCGAAUGUGAAAUGAAAAGCGAUAAUUAUAUUUGGCCGGACGUGAAAAACAGUACGAAAUAUUAUCAAUGCCAAAAUGGCGUUGUAGUGCAUGCAUCGUGUCCCGAAGCAAGUCCUGUUUUCAAUGGUUUACGUUGCAUCAAUCCUACGUGUUUCAAUAAAACGUUUCAAUCCGUAGGAGGAGGGUCACAAAAAUUUGUUCUAGCGGACAAUUUUCGCGUACCUAACGAUGAUCAUUCAUACUUUCUCUGUAGGGACCAGUUGGAAGGCACAAAGAUUACUUGUCGGCUAGGAGUCGAUGCCUCCCGUAUCAAUUGCCUUUACAAAUGCACAGGCUCAACUGCGUUUGUUGUCGAAUAUUUGGAAACGUUACAAGUUACGCCAAAAACAGUUCCCGUUGGACAAACGGCUUGCGUUGAUGGCAAUAUUGUCAAAGUCACGUGCUCCACUAUUUUAACGCGUAAGCUCGUACAUGAAGACGGGACUGGUAAGACUCUAUAUUAUUGGACGCCAGACAAAUAUCUCGAAAAGGGGUCAUGUAAAGAGUACGAUAUAAUUCCACCAAAAGGAGAAAUGUUACAAUUUCUGCGUGCCGAUCCCGCAAUUUCGUCCAAUAUUACUGGUAACGGCGACGCGUUGCCAAGAUUAAUUCCCUACGAUUCGUUUGCCUCAUUCGAGUCCGACAGGACACAUUACUACAACACCGACGGUGUGAAAUAUGACGGAGUUCUUUUUUAUUUCGGCACACAACGUUUCAUUAUCGAUGCGAAAUACUUGAACGUGCCUUCAGAUACCGCAUCAAUACUGAACAAUAAUCAUAACGGCGUUUGGACUGAACAAUUGAUAAUCGAAAAAAUUUCGCCGGGUUGGAUCGAAAAUGCGUCCAACGAUUGCGAUGCGGGCAUCGAAUUUCUCGGCUUAUAUUAUGUAAACAAAUCGGGCACGGGUAUGUGUUUAGAUGGUAAACCUUCCAUUGAUAUUUGCGACGAGCACGAUCUGAAAGUCUUUGUCAAUGGCUGUGGAUGCCAUCCGAUGGAAAAAAACGACACCAACGAAAUAGUACCACAAAAUGCCGAUUAUUUGGACAUGUCCACGUAUGCGACACAACGUCAAAAGCUUUUUAUGGCCGAGAAAAUGGCAAACAAAUACCCUGAAAUUUUCAGUUGGUGCGAUAUAGUGAUCCGACCGGCCAUCUCACCUCAGGAUUACGUUUACGAAAAAAAGUUUGCUGAUUGGGCAAUUUGGGUAGAUUGGACUUGGACUAAAACGGGCUGCACGAAAAUUAGUUGCAAUCCUAGUGGCCAAAAAUUCGACUGCACGGUCAAGGAUGCACCUUUCGCUUUUCGAUCGGGCGACACCACAUGGACGGCCUGCGAGCCGGCAUGUUUCUUUCGUAACGACAUACCGUCUACCAGUACCGGCGUUCAUUCGUUGCAGACACAGUAUCACAAUGGCAAAUGUUAUUGGGUGUCGAGCGCCAUUCACGCUUGGAUGACCAAUCCUACGGGUUCGACGUAUCGCCUCGUGGCAGAUACGUACAAUAUUCCAACUAUUAAAGGCCGCAUAAACAAAUAUUAUUGCGACGCGUAUUUCCAAGAGUUAAAAGGCGACGAUUGCGAAGAGCCGUGGUGGAGCGAAGUACUCGGUUAUACGUUUUUGGGGCAAAGUUUGAUUAAAUUCAUAGACCAGGCCGCCAGUCCUAACGCCGGUACACGAGAUCAGGUGUCGCUCGAACCCGAUUUGAAAUCCCUACCCGCCUAUAUGCUAGACAAACAUGUUUGGAAAAGACAUAUUAACGAUUCAUUCAAAAUGAUUAAGCCCGACGUACUAUUGAGCGAUUUGGGGUUUACGCCUGCCAUGUUGUCCCAAGAAAAACGGGGCCAUUUUCUAUUUCAUAAUUCAUCGGGCAUUGUGGAACGAUUUCUAUUUUACGAUUCCGUCGAAUAUACGACUAAUCGUUCCUCGUCCCGAACUGAAUAUCUUCGAUUACUAGAACCCAUAGGUGAAAUUGCGAAAACAAAUCAUCGUCGUCGUCGUUCCGUCCGUGAAACCCGAGCCACAAAACAAAAUCUCUCGUCAUUUUUCGACUGGGAUUCGAUAGGAGAUCGAUUCAGUCGUAUCGCUUCUGUCAUAAUGCAAAUGCUUGUACAAAAGGAUUUUUACGUACAAGUCGGGGUCGAUUAUUCCUGGCAUUUGCUCAGUCAGAAACUAGGUCCCGAGUUCAAGGAGAUAUUGAGUAAAGUUUUUUCGAAUAUGAGUCAAGUACUGGCAUCUAAUUCGGCUCGUAUCAUUGACACAAUAGCCAGUCACGAAAUGGGACAUAUUGCCUCAUAUUUGAUCGUAAAGUCUACUACAAAGUUCACUUUAAUGCUGACCAGGAUGGCUGCCGUCAGCUCAACUGUAAUUGGUGUCGUUGCCGAUAUUGCGCUUUUCCUCGAUUUAGCGGUCAUGUUAGGUUGGGAUCCGCUUGGUCUUAAAAAUCAGAUCGAUUCCCAGAUUUUAGAAAUAUUACGAGAACAGGCAAUAGUUACACGUUACAAAACUGGCGAUCCAAACUGCGAAAUAGAUCCCAGUUUCUUUUCGAAAUUCGUGCUCAAUGAAAACUUUAACGAUAAUACGACAACCACACCAAUGCCCGAACCCAAGUCUCAGUUUUCGUACGCCCACUCUCGUUACAAAAGUUCCACCACGUCAGGUUCGGAUACGAUUGCACGUCGUACCGAUAGUGGUUCAAUCAAAAGGCCUCGUCUCUACCAUACCCAGACCCUUUUUCAAAUUUCAUGUCUAAGCGAAUAUUUAAAUGCCAGAACGUCAAAUUCAAUUGGACAACGUUACGACUGGGAUAGGGACAUUGUGCGAAAUACCGACGAGUGGAUGACCCGUUAUGAAAUUUUCUCUCAUCUUAUGCAAAAGACCGAUUUAACUAAUUACACGGAGACACUACAGGCUCGUCAAUGCCUGACGGUGAUCAUUUUGUUCAUUUUGAUUACCGUCAUAGCGUUGACUAUAUUUUUCGCCAAACCCCUAGUACUGCUUGUAGCGCCUUUAAUUUGGUUAUGUGCUUAUGUUCGAUUUGGCAAUAAUGAAAUUCACAAUUCAAUCAUCGAAAACCUUUAUCGCGCAAUAAAAGCCAAGAAUAUAACAUAG